GUCGGUCGCCAUGAUUGAAUUGGCGAUGAAUGCUUCGCCGCCCCCUAACUCCUCACGAUCAAGCCCUAACGAGUGAGGGCAGCGGCGCCGGGUCUUUCUCGCCCAUGCGCAGAACACUCCCUCAGCCGAAGUGGUUGCUGGGAGGCAAAUUUUUAAAUAAGCCCGCCCGCUUCUUUCUCUGCUGUUGUUGGGAAGAGAUUUAUUUCUCUGAGGACUGCUGCCGAUGGAAGGGGCGCCGAAUCAGGGUACUGAUUUUGGAGGAAAAACCAUGGGCCAUGGUAUGAACUUAAUCAACACUGCACAUCUUUCAAGAGGCCGCAUAUCCCUCAAGAGAGGAAACCUGUUUGGUCAGACUCCAACUAAGAGAAGACUUUUGCAGAGUCCUCACACGCAGGUAAAUGCUGGUGCUCAGAUAGACUUCUUUCUCUGCAAGCAGCUGACGUUGUACAGCAGCACUCCUCUAUACAAAUUUUCUUAUGAUCGACUGCAGGAGUAUUCCAGACAGCUGGGUUUUGUUAUUGCUGCUGAAAAGCAAAAAGGGCUUGCUGUUCAUGUGGAAAGUAACCUUACAUGUAAAGUGAAGUUCUCCUUGCUCUCAGUGUUGAAAACCUCAGAACGGGACCAGACAGGAGUCCUCAUUCAGGUUACAGCUGAAAAUGCAGGGGCCAAAGUGGCAGGACCCAAAGUGCUGUGGAUGGGCUGUUUCUGUUGUAUCCGUGGAGAUGACAUUCUAGAAACAAUCGUGGAGGAUUUUACUUGCUUCCCCUUGUUCCUUGUAAAUGGGGCCGAGAGUCUCACAGCCAUCAUUGGAACUUGGCUUCAGCAGACUUUUGACUGUUCCUUCAGCCUGUUGACUAUCAGCCCCCUCAACCUUGCUUGGAUGGCUGCAAUGUGGACAGGUUACAAGAUGGAGCACCACAAAAGAGCAGUAGAGCUGACUUUCUCUGUUCCUGGCACUCCUCAUCCUCUGGACAUUUUGUAUGCCAUCCAUGCUGAAGAUGCAAAAGCCCUUUGGGAUUCAAUCCAUACCACCCAACAAGAAGUUCUACAAGAACAGGUGGACUUAUUCAUGGAUGGCCUUUGCUAUCACUUUUAUAGACAUUUCAAGAUCUACCUGUCAGCCACAAGACUGGUGAAAGUCUCUACGUCUGUAGCCUCCGCCCAUUCUGAUGGGAAAAUAAAGAUUCUUCAUUCUGCGUAUCUGCUGGAAAUCCUGGCACUGAUGACAGAACUGGCAAUUACAAAAAUACUGUGAUGCACUUAUUACCUGUUCAGUGUGAAGAUGGCUUGUUGCUUGAAAACUGCUUGAAGGUGUAAUUCUUUUUAUUAAUAUACCACAUUAUUUAUAUAGCAUAUGAAAUGUAUGUAUAUAGUGAAAAGGAUUGCAUCUGUGUAGCACAUUGAAUUAAAAAACUGUACCUUCCAAGUAA